AUGGAAGAUUUCGUUGCUUUCGAUUUCUUGUUAUUAGAGAUAGAUUUCAUUGUGACAACAUUCGCAAUUGGUAAAGGAAAUAGCCCGAAGAUAUUUGAUGUUGGGGUGUGGUACUUCUGCCUAAAUGGCACUAGUGAUUCCGGGAUAUCUGUGACGUUUGUUGAUAAGGAUGGGGAGGAACAACAUAUUCGAGUCCCUGUUGGAAUGUCCAUGCUAGAAGCUGCACAUGAAAAUGACAUUGAACUAGAAGGGGCAUGCGAGGGCUCACUUGCAUGUUCAACUUGCCAUGUUAUAGUCAUGGAUGUAGAAUAUUACAACAAAUUGGAAGAUCCAACUGAUGAGGAAAAUGAUAUGUUGGACCUAGCUUUUGGCCUUUCCGAAACUUCACGUUUGGGUUGCCAAGUGAUUGCUAAGCCUGAACUCGACGGGAUUCGAUUAGCUAUUCCAGCUGCCACGCGGAACUUUGCAGUCGAUGGUUACGUGCCGAAGCCACACUAAUGAAUACAAUUUAUUAAGUUUGAGUUCCAAAGAAUGGCAACUGAUAAGGUUUAGGAUUUUGAGGUUUAGGUUUUGUAGCUUAAUGAUUGGUUCUAGAUAAAUGAGCAUUUACAUCUUAGGCAUUAUUUUUGGGCUGAGUUUUGUGGAUAACAAGGUACUCAGUAUGCGAGAACCAGAAAUUUGUCACUUUGUUGGGAAUUUUCAGCGUCCCAAGUAUAGUUGCACGCCAAUAAAUUAAUCAGAUCUGCGACACUCGACCAAUAUUGUCAUUCAAGUUCCACCAAGUAGACCCAAUAUAAACAAAAACCACACAUUAAAAGAAGUGUGAUUACACUUGCACAUAUCAUUUUUUUAACCUAGUCA